AUGACUAACGUAUACGAAAAGUACGAAAGUCCCUUGACCUCCAGAUAUGCCUCACCAGAGAUGGCAAAUCUCUUUUCGCCCGCAAAACGGUAUUACACGUGGAGAUUGCUUUGGUUGAACUUGGCCAAAGCUGAAAAGGAAUUGGGUAUUGGUGGUAUUAGUGAAGAGGCCAUUCAGGAAAUGGAAGCACACUUGAAUUUAACCCAACAUGAUUUUGAAGUAGCCGCUGUCGAAGAAAAAAAGCGUCGCCAUGACGUUAUGGCACAUGUAUACGCUUUUGGUUUGGUCGCUCCAAAAGCUUCUGGUAUUAUACAUUUAGGUGCCACAAGCUGCUACGUAACUGAUAACGGAGAUUUAAUUGUAAUCAGAGAAGGUCUAAAAUUAUUACUGGAAAAAUUGACUCGAGUUAUUGAUCUAUUUAGCAAAUUUGCUAACAAAUAUAAAAGUUUGCCUACCUUGGGAUUUACCCAUUUUCAACCUGCUCAACUAACUACCGUUGGAAAAAGAGCAACUCUUUGGAUCCAGGAAUUAUUAUGGGAUUUAAGGAACAUCACGAGAGCAAAAAACGAUAUUGGAUUCCGUGGUGUAAAAGGUACCACGGGAACUCAAGCUUCAUUCUUGGCUUUGUUCGACGGUGAUCAUGAUAAAGUAGAAACUUUGGAUAAGCGUGUCGCUGAACUCUCCGGAUUCGAUGAACUGUAUCCGGUGACCGGACAAACAUACUCACGUAAAAUAGAUGUUGACGUAUUAAACGCGUUAAGUUCAUUUGGUUCCACGGCACAUAAGAUUGCUACGGAUAUAAGAUUAUUAGCUAAUCUUAAGGAAAUUGAAGAACCAUUUGAGAAAGAUCAGAUUGGUAGUUCAGCGAUGGCUUACAAGAGAAAUCCAAUGAGAUGUGAAAGGGUCUGUAGUUUAUCGAGGCAUCUCAUGAUUCUUGCACAGGAUGCUUUGAUGACCAAUAGUGUUCAAUGGUUAGAAAGAACAUUGGACGAUAGUGCAAAUCGACGUAUCUCGAUUCCCGAAGCAUUUUUAACAGCUGAUAUCAUUUUAUCACUGCUACAAAAUAUUUCCGAAGGAUUUGUGGUAUAUCCCGAAGUGAUCCAACGUCACAUCAUGCAAGAAUUACCAUUCAUGGCUACCGAGAACAUAAUCAUGGCGAUAGUCAAAAAGGGUGGUGAUAGACAACAAUGUCACGAAGAAAUUAGAGUUCUGAGUCACCUUGCGGCCAGUAAAGUUAAAGAAGAAGGCAAAGAAAAUGAUUUGAUUGAAAGAAUCAAAAGUACUGAAUAUUUUAGACCCAUCUGGGAAGAGCUUGACUCUCUAUUAGACCCAAAGACGUUCAUCGGACGAUCUCCACAACAGGUUGACAAAUUUCUGAGAGAUUAUGUGGAACCUGCAUUAAAACCAUACGAAGAAGUAUUAAAACAAGAAAAGCAAGUAAUACUAAAUGUUUAA